AUGGUUACUACUCGCUCAGUUUCGAAAAAAAAUCCUAAAUCUCCCUCUAAAAUCCCUAAACGAAAGAAUCCAGCGAUGAAACGGAAGAUUGAUUUUGUGGAGACUGAAAUGAGAGUUUCAGAUGAUCAUGAUGACGAUGACGACGAUUUUCAGGAAGUUCCGAUGCAAGUUAAGAAAAAAAUGAAACCAAACUUUUCUGUUGGUGAAAGUUCUAAAGCUAUUAGAAAUGUUAAGUUAAUAAUGCCUCAUGAGCAUUUUCCCCACAAGAUUCUUCAUAAUGCUGGUGUUUCUGUCAUUUCUAAUAUCAAAAAACUUUUACAACCUGAAACUUUAGAAAGGUUUUCAAAAUCUGUUUUUGGAUAUUUUUUACGCAUGAAAGAGUAUAAACUUCAAGGGCAGUUGAUUCACUGUUUACUGCUUAGAGAAGUUAAACAGCCUGUUAAAUAUGAGUUGUGGAUUAAGGUGUCAGGAAAGUUUCUUAAGUUUUCAAUCGACGAAUUUGCUUUAAUAACCGGUUUGAAAGUUAAUGGCAGUGUUGAUUUUAAGUCUCAGAAUACUGUGUCUUCUGACUUUAGAAAAAACUGUUUUGGAAAUGUAAAAAAAGUUUCAAAAAAGUUUUUGGAGGAUAGCUUUGUUUCUAAGCGUUGGAAUAAUGAGGAAGAGGCUUUUCAAAUGGCUGUUUUGUAUUUUAUUGAGAAUUUUCUAUAUAACAACAAAGAUGAGUCAAAUGUUCGUGAUAAGAAUUUUGAUCUUAGAAAAAGUUCAAAAACUGGUCAUCCUAAUUCCUCUCGAUAUGAUGGAUUUCCUUUGGCUUUCCAAACUUGGUUUUUUGAGUGUUGCCCUACAAUUGAAAGCGCAGUUGCUACUAGUUCAGGAAAUGAAAUUCCUCGUAUACUGCGUUGGGAGGUGUUAGAGGUCCAAGAACGCUCGUAUUUCUUGCGAAACCUAUUUGAUAAAACUGCUGACCAGUUGAAAUUAAGCAAUUUACAUCCCACUGGCGAGGAGAGGUCAGCGCUGGAUUUAGAAGGUUUGUUUGUCAAAGGAAAGCGGAAAGUUGAGAAUGAGCCAGAAGCAAGUGAAGGGAUUUCAAUGAAAACUAAAAUUCAUAAAUUGUUUUGGGAUCAAUCUAAGUUUUACCAUGAGUUUCAGAAUUUCAAGAUAUUUGUAGAGAAUCAGUUCUCUGGUAUUAAUACUCAGUUUGGUGAACUGAAAGAUUUGAUAAAAAAUGGUGUUGGUGGACAACCUAUUCAGGUUGAAGAUGAUGAUAAUGGUGUGAAUGAUUUUCAUCGUAAUGAUGACAACGAGAAAGAGGAGGAUAAUAACAAAGACGAAGAUAAUAAGAAAGAAGAAAAUGACGAUGAUGAAGAGGACGAUGGUGCUGGUAAUUUCGCUUCUGAUUCUGUUUUGAGUGAGAGGUUCAAUUAUGAAUAUAAGUUGGAAGAUGAUGAUGCUGUUGGUAGUGGUGAAAAAAAUGAUGAUGAGGGUCACAAUGUUACAAAAGAUAAUAUCAAGGCAUUUUCACUGCAUGAUGGUUCAACUUCCAAUGUUGAAGAAGUCAACACUCAAAGUACUAUAGGUGUAGCGACUUCUUCGACGUUUGAUUCCAUCGAUCUUAGUGCCCUUGAGGAAGCUGCUGUUCUGAAAAUGGAAUCUGAAAAAGAAGCUGCUGUUCCUCCUGCUGAGUCUUGUGGGAAAGAUGCAAAGAAAGAUGUUGCUGACGACAACAAUAAAAAUGAAGAUUCUGAAGAUGACGAUAAAGAUAGUGACGGUAAUGACGAUGAUAAUGAGAAUGAUGACGGUAAGACUAAAGAAGAUGGUAAGAAACCGGAUGAAGACGAGGAUAAUGAGAAGAACGAUGGUUCAAGUCAUGGAAAUGUCGCUGAUGAUAGUGGACAUGAGCAGCAGGAUGAUGUUGAUAGGGGCGAGAAGAAAUAUGAUGAGGGUCAUAUAGUUUCUAAAGUGGUUGACACAGCUGUGAAAUAUAGUGGAAGGGGUUUCUGUUUUGAUAGCGGUCCAAGUUUUAAGUUCGAUGAAUUAAGUAGUCAAAGUACCGUUGGGGCAGAAACCUGCUCUACAUUCAAUUCUAGCGAACUUAAUGCCCUUACAAAAGCUGUAGAGCUUGCUGAGAAAGAAGCUGCUGAUAAGAUGUUGGGCCAUGGCGUUGAUGAGGAUGUCGGAUAUGAUGAGUCCUUACUGACUGAUAUGGUCAAUAAGAUUGAAAAGGAAGCUACUGAUGCUUUGUUGAAAAAGGAAGCUGCUGGUUCUGUUGAAAAACAAGAAUCUGAGAUAAAGAAGGCAGCUUUGAAAGAAAUUGCUGUGUAUCGAGGCAGUCCAUCUGAGCAAAUUGAAAAGAUUGCCUCUAAAUUCAAAGUUGCUGAUGUGGUGCCUCUAGCAUUUGUUAAGGCUAAGCCGGAUGUGGUUCUUAAAAAGGGAUUGUUUCCUCUUGAUGAUGAUAUUUGUAAAGAUACAGGUUAUGCGGGACAGAUGGAGUUUAAUAACUGGGUUGACGAAAAGUUUAAGUAAGACUAUAAUUGUGAUAUGUUAUAUUUACCAUUUUUUGCUAGAAGGAUUGCUUGAAUGUUUUUUUACCUCCUAUUUGUUCUUUUUUUGUAGUCGAAAUGCUUAUGAAGCAGGUUUCGACAUUAUCGAAACUCCGUUCAAUUAUGGCGUGGAUCAGGUGGAUAACAAAAAUUGGUUUCAUUCGCUUAAUUACUCGGGUGAAUUAUUACAGUGUCGUCAUAUCAACAUUGUUAUGUACUACAUUCGUAAAAGAGCCAAGUAUAGACCUGUUGGUGGUGUGCGAAUUACGACAACUGACUGCCUCUUCGAUGAUAGAAUGACUUCAUACUAUGUGGCAUACUUGAAGAGGAAGAAGCCUGAAUCUACUUCAGUUACUGAUCAUAGUCUUAUUGCAAAGUAUAUUUGUGGAUACAAGAUGCUUUGCAAUACACAUUGGGAGAAUGUAGAUGAGGUGUUGUUUCCAAUGAACAUGAAGAAGCAGAAGCACUGGAUUUUGGGGCGUUUGGUCUUCAAAGAAAGAUGCAUAUAUGUGUAUAACUCUAUGAGUUCAAAUGUGGCGAAGAAGUCUGCAGUUGAAGCAACUACAAAAUAUUCUGUUCUAAUUCCACUUUUUUUAUCUCAGAUGAAUUUUUAUGAGUUGCGCAGUGACAUUGAUCUGACUUCUCAGCCUUAUUUGAAUAAGAAUUCAAC